AUGGCGGGCCACACCACGCAGCAGAGGAGCGGCAUCAUUCAGCGCAGGGCGAAUCACCCUCUCACACCCAAGACACUCAGGGAGGUGGAGGCCAGGCUCACCCUCAGAACCAGCUUCCCAGCCAAGAUUGACUGGAAACUGAAGGAGAAUGGCAGCGCCCACUACACUGACCGGUACAGUGGCCAGGAGCUGGUGGUGCGCAGGGGGAAGCCCUUUGACAUCUCUCUGACCCUUGGUGGAGCCCCCCCGGCUGCAAGCGGACUGACCUUCACGGUGGAAACUGGGUCAACUGCUGCACUGCAGGCCAAGACUCGAGUGGCCUUUGGCGUUUCUGGGGCACCAGGCGGCAACUCUUGGAGGGCUGUCCAGACCUCCGCUGCUGCUUCCAGCACAACCCUGAGCUUCUCCAUCUCAAGCCCGGCCAACGCAGCCAUUGGGCGCUACCGGCUGGGGGUCCAGACUGGAUCUGGGGGUAGCGGACCCUCCUCCCUCCUCGGCACCUUCGUGCUCCUCUUCAACCCGUGGCUCUCAGGGGAUGAGGUGUUCAUGCCGAAUAAUGUGGAGCGCGAGGAGUACGUCCUCUCAGAGUCUGGGGUGAUCUUCGUGGGCAGUGCCUACAGCAUCAGUUCACGGGGAUGGGACUUUGGCCAGUUUCAGAAGGAUAUUCUGGACAUCUGCCUUUCCAUACUGGACCGGAGCUUAAGCUACCGCAAGGACCCCACCUCUGACCUGCGUCGCCGCAACGACCCCAAAUACGUUGGGCGGGUGCUCAGCGCCAUGAUCAACAGCAAUGAUGACAAUGGAGUCAUACAGGGAAACUGGAGUGGCAAUUACUCCGGUGGAGAAAGCCCCAGCAGCUGGUCAGGAAGUGGGAAGAUCUUGCAGAAAUGGAAGUCGUCUGGAUUUCGGCCGGUCCGCUACGGACAGUGCUGGGUCUUUGCAGGAGUGCUGGCCACAGUCCUUCGGUGCCUUGGACUCCCUGCCCGCGUGAUCAGCAACUUCAACUCUGCCCAUGACACUGACCAGAGCUUGACGGUGGAUGUCUACUAUGACUCGGCCGGGAACCCCCUCAACAUGGACUACGACAGCAUCUGGAAUUUCCACGUGUGGAAUGAAGGCUGGUUCGCUCGGUCUGACCUGGGCGCUAUGUAUAAUGGCUGGCAAAUUCUGGAUGCCACUCCACAAGAGCAAAGUUCAGGCAUUUUCCAGUGUGGCCCAGCUCCCCUGAUAGCCAUCAAGGAGGGAGACGUGGACCUGAACUACGACUGUCCGUUCGUCUUUGCUGAGGUCAAUGCGGACCGUGUCACCUGGAACAUGGACACGGCCACAGGGAAGAAGAAGAAGAUCUAUUCGGAGACCAAGUCCGUGGGCAGGUUCACCAGCACCAAAGCUGUGGGCAGCUUCGACCGCCAAGAUGUCACCAACAGUUACAAGUACCCAGAAGGCUCUGCCAAGGAACGAGAGAUCUUCAACAAGGCCCGGGCCAAGCUGAACCUGAGCUCGCUGGACGCCACAGCUGCCCGGCUGCCCGAAGAAGCUAAGCCUGAUGUGACGGGGAAGUUCAAGGUGCAGAGCCCGCCCAAGGUCGGCAAAGACGUCGACUUGGUCUUGCUGCUGACCAACCUGGCCUCUACGGCCAGGAGCCUGACUGCCAACAUGACCGCCUGGAGUAUCAUCUACACUGGGAAGGCCAUCCAUGAGGUCUGGAAGGACUCCCUGGCUGUCACACUUGGCCCAAAGGAAGAGAAAGCGUUUCCCAUCAAGAUCUCCUAUGAUGAGUACCAGCAACACCUGACGACGGACAACAUGAUCCGGGCGACAGCCGUGUGCCAGUUCAAAGAGGGGAACGAUGCUGUGGUUGAGCGGGACAUCAUCCUGGACAACCCCACGGUCAACUUGAAGGUGCCAGACACGGCCAAGGUGGGCCAGGUGCUGAAGGUGGAGGUGGUCUUUGCCAACCCACUGGACCAGGAGGUGGCAGAGUGCGUGUUGCAGGUCGAGGGAAGCGACCUGGUGGAGGGGGAGCUCCGAAAAGAGGUGCCACCGGUGAAGGCCAAGCAGAGUGUCAGUGUCCACUUCGAGGUCACCCCCCGGAAGAGCGGCACCAAACAGCUGCUGACCAACUUCUCCUGCAACAAGUUCCAGGACAUCAAGGCCUUUGCGGUCAUCAAAGUGGCCAAAUGAGUCCAGAGCCCGGAGGUCCUGGCGCCCCCACCCUCAGAGGCACCAGGCUGUGCCCCGAAAUCGAGUGGGCGGCUUUGCCAGGGAGGCAUGUCCUUCACAGGCGGCACAUGACCAGUGCCAGAGCCCAUUUUAAGGUUUAUAAAGACUAAUUAAGUUUUAUUAAAGAUUUU